AUGAACCUGAUGGAGUUUAAUCAGUCUGAUCGAUGUGAUCAGUUCUCCUGUCCAGAGAGAUCUGUAUCUCCUGCAGUUUAUAUCUUACUGUACGUGUGUUCAGCUGCUGUGGUUCUGCUAACAGUGUGUGGAAAUCUGCUCAUCAUCAUCUCUGUUCUUCACUUCAAGCAGCUUCACACACCAACAAACAUGCUGCUGCUCUCUCUGGCUGUGUCGGAUUUCCUUAUUGGAGCUUUAGUGAUGCCAUCGAUGUUAAUCUGGAUGAUCGAGUCAUGCUGGAUCUUAGGGAUAGAUUUCUGCAUCUGUGUAAUGAUGAUUGGAUAUUUUCUUACAAGCUUAUCCAUAUAUCAUAUUGUUCUGAUUGCUGUGGAUCGAUAUUUGGCUCUCUCAAACCCUUUUCUAUACACCAACAAAAUCUCUGUGAGAACAAUGUGCACUGUGGUUUUUUCUAACUGGUUUGUUUCUAUGGUAUAUAAUUUAGUGCUUCAGUAUUUCAACAGGAAUAUCAUAAAUAUUGCAGUCUGCCCCGGAGAGUGUUUUGUUGUUCUAAAUGAUCUUUUAUCUGCUAUUGAUCUUGUAGUUACAUUUAUAUUUCCACUUUCUGUCAUAAUCAUAUUGUAUACUCGAAUUUUUAUGAUUGCUAAGAAACAUGCCACUGCUAUCAGAGAGCUUAAUAAUCACACACGGCCUAAAACACAGAAAAUCACCUCAUACUCCAUGAAAUCUGAGAGAAAAGCAGCUAAAGUCCUCAGUAUUUUAGUGUCUGUGUUUCUAGUGUGUUUACUUCCAUAUUUUAUUUACAGUUUAUUAGGGAAUGUUAUUGAAUGUGAGUUAGCAUCUUUUCAAAAAGUCAUGUUUGUGCUUUAUCUAAAUUCCACCAUGAAUCCAGUUAUUUAUGCUCUAUUUUACCCAUGGUUCAGGAGGUGUGUUAAAUUAAUCAUAAAUCUGCAAAUAUUCAAAUCAGACUCUGCAUUAAUACAAGUUGUAUAA